AUGAGGCCCAUGAUCGAGAGCGGCGGGCUGCUGGGCGGUGGCCGGGGUGCGCCCCGCGCCCAGCCCCAGGCCCCGGGCGCCAGCGGCAGUAGGAGCGGCAGCAGCAGCAGCAGCAGCAGGCGCAACGGCCGCGGCGGCAGCGGCGCCCGUGACGGAUCAAUCACGCCGAGAAGGGGUGGGAGCCAGCUGAGUGCGGGAGGCGGGGAGCGAGCGAGCAAACGCCGAGAGGGGGGCCGGCGUCUCCGCGCGCGCCUCUCUCCCGCACAGCCGCGCCGAACCGGGCCGCCUCCGUCCGCCCCCGUGCGCGCUCUGAGCCGCUCUCCCGCCGGGAGCAGCUCGGCUGCAGCCCCUGGAGCCCGGCCGGGGGAGGGAGGGCGGCAGGAAACGCGGGAGGCGAAGGCGAGGCUGCUCAGCGGCGGCUCGGGCCGCCUCCGGGGACGGGGACGGGCCGUGCGCGUCGGGGGAGGGGGAGGCGCUGCGGCGGCAGCGGGGAGGGCCGCCUUCCCAGCACACGCACACACGCGCCCCUGGCCCUCCGCGGCGCGGGCUGCCGCUGCCGGCGAAGCGCUGGGAACCAGAGCGCCCACGGACAGCGAUCGGGAAACGAGGAGUGGCAGCCGCCGCUUCGCCGAGCGCAUCCGGCAGCUCCUGCGCUGUGAUUUGGGACUGCUUCUCCGAGGUCCAGCUGGGAAGGUCUGGGCGGCGAGCGCGCCACGGAGUCGUCCUAGAGGCACCUGCAGCCUACACUCUCCAGCUCUGCGCGGGUGCCUGGGGGUCCAGCCCGAAGGGGCGGCCGAAGACUCUGCGGGCGCUUGAACACCCCCUUGGUGCUCGGGUGUCCCACUGGCCCUUAGGGCUUUGGAUGAGGGCCCCUCGCUUCCCCACCAGACGGAGCAGCUGUGCUUUGCCAAACCCGAGCAAGGCUGGAGUGCUCACCUUGCGUGUGCUACCGCCCCCUCCAGGCAUUUGACCUCUCCA